AUGGGAAUGAACUUAAUUAUCAAUGCCGCAAAGAGGGAAACCAGAGGACCAAAGACAGCCUCCGGGAUAUACCUUCCAUCCAAUAGAGGUUUUAUGGAUGACCUCACCGUAACUACAACGACACACGUGCAAGCUCGUUGGGUUCUUGGAGCAUUGGAUGAGACAGUGACUUGGGCAAGAAUGAAGUUCAAACCAAAGAAAUCUAGGAGCUUGGUAAUCAAGAAGGGAAAGGUUACUCAAAAGUUCACCUUCCAGGUACAGAGCGAAGACAUACCAUCCGUAGUAGACAAUCCUAUCAAAUGCUUAGGAAAAUGGUACGAUGCCAGCCUUAACGACACAAGCAGCAUAAACCGCACCAAGAACCAACUCCAAGACGUUCUGAAGCAGAUAGACCAGACAUCACUUCCUGGGAAAUUCAAGGCAUGGUUAUACCAACAUGGAUUGUUACCAAGACUAAUGUUGCCUCUAAUGCUGUAUGAGAAAGCAGUUUCUACUGUGGAAGGCAUUGAAAGAACCAUCAACAUAUACAUCCGUAGAUGGCUAGGGGUCCCACCAAGUUUCACCAGCAUCGGACUGUAUGGGAGGACCAACCAGCUCCAACUCCCAAUAUCAUCAGUUGUUGAGGAGUACAAAGUUGCUAAGGCCAGGAUGGUGGUUACACUGAAAGAAUCUUCUGAUGACCUGAUCUGGAUGGCAGGCAUAGAGACUAGAACCGGAAGGAAGUGGUCGGCAAGCCAGGCGGUGUCUCAAGCUGAAAGUAUACUGAGACACAAAGACAUCGUCGGAACUACUACGGAGGGCAGACAAGGGCUUGUUUACGACCUGCUGCCAUCCCCAACCAACCUCCACAGAUGGGGUCUAGUGGAAGACCCCAGAUGCAGUCUUUGUAACAAGCCAGGCACCAUGGAACACAUCCUGUCAUCAUGUCAGACUUCGCUGACACAGGGCCGCUACAGAUGGAGACACGAUGCUGUCCUUUGGGAGUAA